AUGAAUCACUUCCCCAUUCUCUCCACUAGAAAUUCGCUGCACAACAAGGCCCACCUGUACAAACUCUCUCUAAUGAUCACUAGAACGUUUCUGGCGGCUGCGCUAACUAUCAUCGUCUCGGCCGAUACGGACGUCUCAGUUUGCAGGGACGCCACGUACACACUCUCAGACUCGCGCGGCGCCAUUUGCUCCGGCGCGGGUGACGCCCCAGCAGGCACGGCGUGCCCUCUCAAGGGCGAUGUGGCCACGACCGACUGCCACUCGUAUUUGCCGUCGUACGAUGGAACGCAGUGCACAGCGAAGGAGGAUGCCGAGUGCACAAUCGUGAAUGGCAACACGUGGGGCUGCGUGUUCGCGUCCGUGGGCUGCACUGGCAGCAGCACGUCGAACGCGACGACUCCGUGCCCUGUGACGAGCCUUCCCGACACCAACGCGACCACCCCGUGCCCGGUGACUUCCCUGCCAGACACAAAUCUAACCACGACGCCGUGCCCCGUCACCUCACUGCCUGACACUGAAGCGUCGACGCCGUGCCCGGUCACAUCGCUCCCCGAUACGGAGACCGCCACGCCUUGCCCCGUCACCUCCCUGCCGGACAUGCUGACCAGCACGCCUUGUCCUGUGACGUCGCUUCCGGAUACCGACACAACCACGCCUUGCCCCGUGACUUCUCUCCCCGACACAGAGACAACAACGCCGUGCCCGGUUACCUCGCUCCCGGACACGCCUGCCUCCACUCCAGUCACCACGCCAUGCCCUGUGACCUCGCUUCCGGACACCACCAAAUCACCUCCGUCCCCCACGACACCUUGUCCCAUAACUUCUCUUCCAGACUCGCAGACUACAGCGACGCCGUGCCCAGUGACGUCGCUGCCGGACACGACCAGCGCACCUACGACUCCUUGCCCUGUGACUUCACUGCCGGACACGACCUAUGCGCCGACCACGAUUCCAUCUUCGAGCACCCCGUGCCCCUUAACUUCGCUUCCAGACAGCACUGGUGUCCCGACGAGCACUCCUGCUGCCACUACUCCGUGCCCGGUGACCUCGCUGCCCGAUCACGAGCAGCAAUCGGCAUAA